AUGGCGCAUGGCCACUCGGACUUCAAGCUCUACCGCUACGACCCCUCCCUCGCCGCAGCCGUGAUCUUCGUCACCCUGUUCGCUCUCGCAUCUUUCCUCCACACGUACCAGCUCCUCCGCACACGGACAUGGUUCAUGAUACCCUUCUGCGUGGGUGGGUACUUUGAGGCCAUCGGGUACGUGGGCCGGGCGGUUGGGUCUCAAGAGAGCCCGAAUUGGACCGUGGGCGCAUACGUGGUGCAGUCGGUCCUCAUCCUCGUGGCUCCCGCGCUGUUCGCGGCCAGCAUCUACAUGCAGCUCGGACGGAUCAUCGUGCUCACAGACGGGACGAGGCUGGCCAUUUUGAAUCCGAGGUGGUUGACAAAGAUAUUCGUGGGGGGCGAUGUCUUCUCGUUCUUGCUGCAAGCGUCUGGUGGCGGAAUCAUGGCCGGCGGCACCGAGUCGUCCAUGAACACGGGCAAGAACAUCAUCAUCGGCGGCCUCAUCCUGCAGGUCCUCUUCUUCUCCUUCUUCGUCGCCGUCGGGGUGACCUUCCACCUACGACUGGUCAACAACCCCACGGCGCGGGUCCUCGCCAACGCCGACGUCGCGGCCGCCUGGAAGAAAUACAUGUUCGUCCUGUACGGCGGCAGCGUGCUCAUCCUCGUACGGUCUGUCUUCCGGCUGGUCGAAUACGGCCAGGGCAACGCCGGCUAUUUGAUCUCGCACGAGGUGUUUCUGUACGUCUUCGACGCCGUGCUGAUGUUCAGCACGAUGAUUCUCUUUGCCGUGUUUCACGGCAGCGAGCUCAACGCGUUGUUGAAAGGGGGCAGUGGCAGGGUCGUGAGGAGGAUCGUGUCGGUCUACAGCUUGAAAGGGAACGACAGAGGACGUGGCCUUCCGUGA